AUGGGGAAGCCAAGCCGAGACCGUCGGUCUCCAUCUUCGGGUUCAUCGUCUUCGUCCCUAGUCGACCAGACGGGCUCCUCCUCCCGCUCCGGGGUCUACACGGGAUCGUCUUCUCGUUCCGAAGUUCUCACUGGCUCGUUGUCUCGCUCCGGUGCCUACACGGGAUCAUCUUCUCGUUCCGAAGUUCUCACUGGCUCGUCUUCUCGGUCCCCCGUCGUACCGGGCUCAGACUCCCGUUCCAGCUUUCGCUCACCCUCCAUCUCUCGGUCCCUCUCGCGUUCCAGAUCCCGCUCGAGGACGCCGUUGCGGAGAGUCCGUUCUCAGAGCCCAAUCACCCCUCCUCUCAGGAAGAGGAAAGCCUCUCCUAUUCAAAAGUCAUUUGUUCUACGUAUUGACAACCUCGGCUGCAAUGUGAAUGAAGGCCAAUUAAAAGAUAAUUUCGGUAUUUUUGGUGAAGUUGUUAAUGUGGAGCUGCCAAUGGAUCACUCUGACAAUCUUCCAAAAGGAUAUGGAUAUGUGGAGUUCAAGGCAGAAGAAGAUGCUAAAAUGGCAAAAUUUUACUUGCAUGGUAACGAAAUUAAUGGGAAUUCUAUUAAAGUAGAAUUCUCAUUUGUGUCGCUACCCCUAAAAGCCAUUACCACUUUGUCGAAAAUAGACGCUCCCAAAACUAACAACAUUUCUGAUGGUGAGGAGGAUAGACUCAAGCGGCAUAGGGAAGCUUCUCCCUGUCGGAAGCCUCUUGCCUCACCAAGAAGGGGAUCCCCUAUACAAAGGGAUGGUUCUCCUAGACGACUGCCAGAUUCUCCUCUACGUCGUCGUGCAGAUUCUCCAGCGCAUCGUCGAGUAGAAUCACCUUAUCGACGUGAUGAUACACAUCCUAGGAGGAGGUCCACAUCUUUGGGCAGAGGUCCAUCUCCACUGAUGCUCAAUACAUCCCCUUCAAGCCUCCGUUCCUGAUUCCAUAAAGGCUGAAUUGUUGCUAAGAAUUUGAACGUGUGUCAGGAGCAGCUCUUUGACACAGUAGCCUUUGUUCAGGAGAGGAGACAGAUAUUAUAGGUUCCUUGGGGUGAAGGCAACCGUACUUUACUGUAACAACCAGCGGAAUGCUUGAGAAAGUUUCAUCCUUUUAUUGCUAUAAUGAUGAGAACUGAUAGAAACCAGUUCCUUACGCAUAUAGUAAUUCUUACUUGCAAAUAUUUUCAUUGGUAACGUCUUAGAUUUUUGCUCUCUCAUCUGGUAUAUGUUUUUCUGUUGAAAUGAAACUUGGUAAAUGUUUUAGGUAUAGCUGUGUUUGUUUGGUUUGUAGUUUUGGUUACUUGGUGUUUGUAGAUGAUCAGGUUGUUCUGUAGUCUCUGUUUUUGUUGGGUUCAUGAUAUGAUGCAGACCAAACCGAUAGUGAAAUGAUAGUAAAAGAAC